AGAGGACUAUAAUAUAAAUAAUUGUUUUAUUAAAAUGAGGGCCUUAUUUAUUUGUUAUUAACGCACUUGCACCACUAGGGCACAGGUUUGUUCUCUCCAAGCUUCUCGAAAAACCUUCACUUCACUCUCUUUCUACCGCCCUCGACUCCGAUUUCAAAUUCGGAUCUGCGAAAAGAUCCGAACUCUCGUGCAGUGACCCGGAACAAUGUCGCUGGCUUUCGACGAAUAUGGCCGGCCCUUCAUUAUACUGAAGGAGCAGGAGCAGAAAUCGAGGCUGCGCGGCCUCGAAGCUCAGAAGGCGAAUAUCGCCGCCGGGAAAGCGGUGGCUCGGAUUCUCCGGACCUCACUGGGACCCAAAGGCAUGGACAAGAUGCUUCAGAGCCCUGAUGGAGACGUCACAAUAACAAAUGAUGGUGCAACAAUCUUGGAGCAAAUGGACGUUGACAAUCAAAUUGCGAAGCUCAUGGUUGAAUUGUCACGAAGUCAAGACUAUGAAAUUGGUGAUGGAACAACUGGAGUCGUUGUUAUGGCCGGUUCACUUCUGGAACAAGCUGAGAAGCUACUUGAACGUGGGAUUCAUCCUAUCCGGAUUGCAGAAGGUUAUGAAGUUGCUUCAAGAAUUGCUUUUGAACAUUUGGAGCGCAUAGCCCAUAAAUUCGAAUUUGACUCUUCAAACAUCGAGCCUCUGAUUCAGACUUGUAUGACCACUCUGUCCUCCAAGAUUGUUAAUAGAUGCAAGCGCAGUUUGGCAGAGAUUGCUGUUAAAGCUGUACUUGCUGUUGCAGAUUUGGAGAGGAAGGAUGUUAAUCUGGAUUUAAUUAAAGUAGAGGGGAAAGUCGGAGGAAAGCUGGAGGAUACUGAACUAAUAUAUGGGAUUGUUGUAGACAAGGACAUGAGUCAUCCUCAGAUGCCAAAGCAAAUCGAGGAUGCAAAAAUUGCCAUCUUAACAUGCCCUUUUGAGCCCCCAAAGCCAAAAACUAAACAUAAGGUUGAUAUUGACACCGUGGAAAAAUUCCAAACUUUACGUCAACAAGAGCAAAAGUACUUUGAUGACAUGGUUCAGAAGUGCAAGGAUGUUGGGGCUACUUUGGUUAUCUGCCAGUGGGGUUUUGAUGAUGAGGCGAACCAUUUACUGAUGAACAGAAACUUGCCUGCUGUGCGAUGGGUUGGUGGAGUGGAGUUAGAGCUGAUAGCAAUUGCUACAGGUGGGAGAAUUGUGCCGAGAUUCCAGGAGUUGACCCCUGAGAAAUUAGGCAAGGCUGGUUUGGUCAGAGAAAAAGCCUUUGGAACCACAAAAGAUCGUAUGAUAUAUAUUGAGCACUGUGCCAAUUCAAGGGCUGUAACCAUAUUUAUACGUGGAGGUAACAAGAUGAUGAUAGAGGAAACUAAACGAAGCCUUCAUGAUGCCUUGUGUGUUGCUCGAAACCUUAUUCGUAACAACUCCAUUGUGUACGGUGGUGGGUCUGCUGAGAUUUCUUGCUCAAUUGCUGUGGAAGCAGCUGCUGAUAAGUACCCUGGAGUCGAGCAGUAUGCAAUUAGGUCAUUUGCAGAUGCAUUAGAUGCUAUCCCGAUGGCUCUGGCGGAAAACAGUGGACUCCAGCCUAUAGAAACUCUAUCUGCUGUCAAAUCUCAGCAAAUUAAGGAGAACAACAGCUACUGUGGUAUUGAUUGCAAUGAUGUCGGCACGAACGACAUGCACGAGCAAAAUGUAUUCGAGACUUUGAUAGGGAAACAACAGCAGCUUUUGCUCGCCACACAAGUCGUGAAGAUGAUUCUGAAGAUUGAUGAUGUCAUCUCGCCAUCGGAGUAUUGAUGAGUUUUUGUUUGAACAAUAUUAUUACUUUUCGUGUUUGGCAAUAGUGUCUACAAACUGUAGUUUGUUCACUCGAUCGACUUUUUAUCAUUUGAGCCUUUGGUGGUAAAUUUUGGGCAUCCAUUGGUCAUAUGUUUAUCUUUGAGAGAUGCACUGUGUUUAUGUGGUUGAUGGAUUGUUUUUGUUGUGGGACUUGAAUUUGACUCUUUAAAGCUGUUGAAUUUAUCGUAUCAGUUCCGUUGUUUCAAUUUUUAUUUAUUUUCUGGAAAACACAGGUAGUGAGGUAUGUUUGCUAGUAUAAAGCAGGAC